AUGCAUGGUCCCCAAUCUCCCUCCUCCAUAUAUUAUGCCCCAAUUUCAAAGUCUUCCGGGAAUUAUAAAGAUGUGAACUGUGAGAGAUUAGAUAACCGGCUCAUUGGCUUCCACGUCAGACGUGGCCAAUCAGAGGCGGGCCUUGACCUUGCAACCCGUGACAGUCUGACGCCGUCCAAGUUUCCAACCACCUCCACCUAUGACCUAUGCGCGAACCCGUUCCGUUUUCGUGGCGUGACCCUGCUCACCGACAACUGGCCGUUACCGUCGAUAACGUUGUAG